CGUUCAGUCCUCAGUUCAAGAUGGCAGGGCUUUCUUUAUACUUUGAAGACAGUCAUGAUGAUUUGGAUGAUUUUGGAUUUGAUGACUAUGGUACAGAGUGUGAUGGAAUUCGGAUAACUGCUUUUCUGGAUGCUGGGCAGGACAAUCUAACUCCACUGGGCCGUCUGGAAAAAUAUGCCUUCAGCGAGAACGUGUUCAACAGGCAGAUCGUGGCGAGGGGGUUGCUGGAUGUCUUGCGGGAAUUCAGCGACAACGAAAAUGAUUUCCUCACAGUCAUGGAGACUGUUGCCAGGAUGUCAGAAGAUGGAGAGCCAACAGUGCGGGCUGAACUGAUGGAGCAGGUCCCCAAUAUCGCCAUGUUUCUCCAUGAGAGGAGACCCAACUUCCCUGUGGCUUUCUCCAGGUACCUGGUACCUAUUGUGGUGAGGUACCUGACCGACCCAAACAACCAGGUGAGAAAGACGAGCCAAGCUGCGCUGCUGGUUCUGCUGGAGCAGGGUCUGAUCAGAAAUAACGACGUUGAGAGCAAGGUGUGCCCUGUGCUGCUGGACCUCACCACACCAAGCAGCGACGACGACUACAAGAUAGAGGCCGUGGCAAUAAUGUGUAAAUUGGUAUCGAUGUUAACCAAGGACACUGUGGAACAUCUGCUUCUGCAUCGAUUCUGCGAUCUGUGCAGCGAUGGAAGGUUGUUCCAAGUUCGUAAGGUAUGUGCAGCUAAUUUUGGGGACUUCUGCAGUAUUGUUGGACAGGAUGCCACAGAAAAGCUUUUGAUUGCUAAAUUCUUUGAGCUGUGCUCGGACAGCGUGUGGGGUAUACGCAAGGCGUGUGCAGAGUGCUUUAUGACCGUGUCGAACUCCACCUCCCCUGAGGUCCGGCGGACCAAACUGUCCCCCCUCUUCAUCAGCCUCAUCAGUGAUCCCUCUAGAUGGGUUCGCCAGGCUGCUUUCCAGUCCCUUGGUCGGUUUAUUUCCACGUUUGCCAAUCCCACAGGCGCAGGGCUGUACUUCAAAGAAGACGUAGCCCUGCGCGAGCUUGCCAAGUGUACUCCAGCAGUGAGGUCUGAAAUCUCUGAGGGCUCCACCUGCAGAGAACAAGGCAAUAAUCGCUGUGAGUCUGGAAACUGCAAAGGUGCACCCACUGCAGGCAGUGAGGCUGCCCAGGUCACCCCUAACAACUGCACUGAAGAGCAGGGUGCUCAGCCAGCAUCGCCCGACCCCUGCAAAGCAGAGGAGCAGCUCUGUCUUCCAGAUGUCAGUGAGAACAAUAACAACGGUGCAGAAGCGCCUCCGGUUAAACCACAGAAGUGUGGCUCGGCGGCAGAGAGCAGCGAGGACACCUACAACUCCUUUAACUACUGGAGACCUCCACUCCCAGACAUCAGCCAUGACCUGGAGCUGCUGCAGCCCCAAGUGAAGGGGGAGAUGGAAUCCGUCUGGAGCUCCGAGGGACCAGCUACCCGCAGAGAAAUCCAGAAAGCUCUGGAAAGUUUGCAGCCUCACAUGGAUGACCCCGACGUUCAAGCACAGGUACAAGUCCUCUCUGCUGCUCUUAAAGCAGCCCAGCUGGAUGCACACUCUGAAGAGGAGAUGCCAGAGGCUAGUCAGGAUUCCUGCAGUACAGAGCAGCAGCAGCAGCAGGAGACUCCAUUGCCAGCAUCUCCCUCAGAUGGUUCGGACCCUUCAGACAGCGAAGCCCCACCAGUUUCAAACGUGGGUGUUGAGGACCUGCCUCCUGUGAAGAAACCUCCCCUCAUCUAUGACCCUUAUGAUAAUAGGAUGCUGCCCCAGCUGAUUGAGUGUGUGCAGGAGCUGCACAUGGAGGAGGACCCUGAUCUGCUGUUUGAAGAAGAGAAAUCCAAGCUUCAGAAUGUCAUCCCGCAGCAGCUGUUGGACCAGUACCUGUCAAUGACGGACCCUGCCCGAGCCCAGACUGUGGACACUGAAAUAGCCAAACACUGUGCCUUCAGCCUGCCCGGCGUGGCACUGACCCUGGGCCGACAGAACUGGCACUGCCUGAAGGAUACCUACGAGACCCUGGCUACCGAUGUGCAGUGGAAAGUACGCCGAACGCUGGCCUUCUCAAUCCACGAGCUGGCUACGAUUCUGGGAGAGCAGCUGACAGCAGCUGAUCUUGUACCCAUCUUCAACGGUUUCCUGAAAGACCUGGAUGAGGUGCGGAUCGGAGUCUUGAAACACCUCUAUGAUUUCCUCAAGCUGCUUCAUGCUGAUAAGAGGAGGGAGUACCUGUUUCAGCUGCAGGAGUUCAUGGUGACUGAUAACAGCCGCAACUGGAGGUUCAGAUACGAACUAGCAGAGCAGCUGAUCCUGAUCGUUGAGCUGUACAGCCACAAUGACAUAUACGACUAUCUGAGGCAAAUUGCACUGACGCUGUGCUCUGAUAAAGUAUCUGAAGUCCGAUGGAUCUCUUACAGGCUGGUGGUGGAGAUCUUGAGGAAGUUUUACAGGAAUGGGGCCAAUGACCUGGGCUUGAACUUUCUCAAUGAGCUCAUAAUGAGAUUCUGUCGUUGCCCCAAGUGGGUGGGAAGACAAGCUUUUGCUUUCAUUUGCCAGGCUGUGGUAGAAGAGGAUUGCAUGCCCAUGAGCCAGUUUGCUCAGCACUUACUCCCCAGUCUCAUUGCACUGUCUGCAGACCCUGUGGCUAACGUCAGAGUGCUUGUAGCUAAGGCUUUGCGGCAGACUGUACUGGAGAAAGCGUACUUCAAGGAUGCAGCUUGCCCCCAUCAGCAGACUGUUGAAGAGACUGUGAUGGCCCUGCAGGCUGACAGGGACCGGGAUGUCCGGUUCUUCGCUAGUUUGGAACCAUCAACAAGCACAGAGGACACUGCUGCCUUCAUUUAAUGACAAAAAUAAAUAAAUAGUACUCUGGAUCGAAGCCAGCACACAGUCUGAACAGGCCACAGCGCUCGUGUGCCCUCUGCGCCCUGAAGGUGACCAGUUCAGAAGCCAGCACUGUGACUCGGUGGGGUGGAGUUCAUCCUGGGCUGUGGUCAGCAGGAGGGCUCCUCUCCGGUGGGACAGGGGUAGCAGUGGUCUGCCGCGCAGAGGUGAAAGCUAAUGCACACAAUAGGGAUUAAAUAGUAAAGUCUAUUGGAGAAGAUUAUUAUUAUUAUUAUUAUUAUUAUUAUUAUUAUUAUUAUUAUUUUUUUUUUUUUUUUUAUUUAUUUUUUUCUUUUGAAAAAUAGAUGUUUUAAGAACAAAAGAAAGAAACAAAACACUCAGGGCUCCACACAGUUCAGUUGCCCAUACACGACCAGGACCUGUCUGGCUCUGUUCUCAACUCACAGGGCUUUCCAUCGCUGACACUAUGCCUGUCUCCUUUUCCUGCAACAGCUGCACAACUUGAGCUUCAGCUGCAGUUCCCUACCGCCGUUGUGUACAAGUGUGCUUCUAAAACGGGAGACCACUGACCCACAAAAUGUAUUUAAGAGGUAGGCUGAGCAUGCUGUCCAGCUCCAUCUAUAACCACUACAUGGUUUGGGUAUAUUUCUUCCUGUUGAACAACUGCACACGUCCACAGACACACCUUUGUUUUUUGUGCAAGUUAAAGGCUGCUCUGCGAGAGUAGAAAGCACUAUGGUUUACUAAACUGAUCCAUACAUGAACCACACUGCCGUGCUUCAAGUGUGAUAUUUACAAUAGCAGAAAACAAAAGUCUGAAUAUGGGAUAUGCCCCCAUAAUUCAACCCAUACAGGAGCUUGAAAUGGGAGUGGAGCGCUGUGAAGAGAGGAAAUGGUAGGCUGACCUGUACUGUCAGAACGCUGUGCAAAAAGCAGCAUCCAGUGCACCCUGCUGGAGGAUGGGAGAGGCACAGUGUGGUGGACUGUUCAAUAAUCCAGCAAACAGCCAAGCAAUGAAAAGAUGAGUUUGAGCCAGGGUGCUUGUGAUGGGAGAGCAGGGGAACAAGGUUGCAGGAGCAGCUUCGUGAGUAACGGGUGGACCAGUUAGUCUGGCUGAGUCAGCAGUAGUUUGGUCUCUGAUGAUCAGUGCAGGAGCAGCUUCACAAGUGGGCAGGAUCCUGAGGUUCGGUACUGCUCCACAUCUGGGACAGCACAUACUGUGGCCAGUAAAGGGGGUAGGUAGUAUUGUGGACUAUCAUGCGUUUAUUAAAAUGAUUUUUCUCAGGGGGGGCGUUGUAAAGGAAGAAGGUUGGUGUAAUGUUUUGUGGGAGCAUUGUGUACCACCUUCAGCAAGCACUGGGUUACAUGUAACGAGCUGAUAGAUCUCAGAUAGAAGGGGCAACCCCCCAAAAUUCUAAAGGCUGUGGGUUCGUGUUUUCAGACCUCUGUUCAUCUCCUUCACAGAUCACAAUGUUGGAAUAAGGCCAAGUCUCAGCAGUGUUUGUGUCAGGGUCUCAACUUUUUAAUGUUAUAGAAAUGUUUAUAAAUAUUUUAUGCAGAGUUUAAUUUGUUUUUCUAAAUGUACCUUGUU